CUUUAAACAUGGCGUAGUAUUUUUGCUCGCUUACUUGCACUGCACUGCUAGAAGUGCUUCCUUUUCUUUAGUCAGCCAUACCAUUACUCAAAACACUAGUUAAUUUCUAAUGUUCUGCAAUCAUGGAAGAUGGACUUGAAAAUGAUUUCAAAAAGGCAGGUAUUGUAGCUGAACCAUUGUCAACUCAGGUAGCUGGUUGUCAUACUGGAAAUGCCGGACCAUCAAAUAAAACAGAAAUGUUGGAUAUUGGAAAUGGAUAUGUUUUGAAGCUGACACAAGCCCCACCAAGGGGACCAAGGGAAAUUGGAUUCUAUGAAAAAGUCUUUGAUGAAAAAACAAAAGAAAAAGACCUUUUAGCAUUACGACCACACUUACCUCAAUUUUAUGGCAGCCAUGUUUAUAAUAGUUUUACUUAUUUAAAAUUAGAGAAUAUUACCUCCAGUUUUCGAAAACCAUCAGUGAUGGAUGUAAAGAUUGGUGCCAUUUCCUGGGAUCCGGAAGCCACAGAAGCUAAAAUUAAUCAAGAGAAAAGUAAAUUUCCUCCAGCACAAAAAGUUGGCUUUAGAUUUGCUGGAAUGAGAGUCUAUAACCAGGAAAGUGAUUCAUUUGAAGUAUUAAAUAACUACUAUUGUUAUAGUUUAACAGAAGAAACUAUUUUAAGUCAUGGGUUUGAAAGAUUUUUCAGACAAGGCAAAGAUAUUCAGAAAAAUGCCAUACAAGUAAUACUGUCAAAGUUAAAAGACAUAGAACAGUGGUUUGUGUCACAGCGAACAUUUUCUUUCUUUUCAACCUCAUUGUUAUUAGUCUAUGAAUCUUCAGUUAAUUCCAUUGAAACUCCACAACUUAUGUCAUAUGAAAGUGAGAACAAAAUAAACAAAAGACCACAAGAUCACCCUGUUAUUGCUGAUGUUCGUAUGAUUGAUUUUGCCCACGUCUUUUCUUCAAACAGCCAAGAUGAAAAUUACCUCCAUGGACUAAGAAGUGUUAUAUUCUAUCUCAAUUCGUUAUUACAUUCUGUUUGAUGUUAAACUUCCUUUUUAUACGCCCACUCGUGCACAGUAGGUUGUGGGUGGUCUCAAGGCUAAAGUUAAUAUCCAAUUGACUUUAAGUUUAUAUACAGCAUAUUAGGUAAUGAGACAAAAAAGUCCUGUUGAUUUUCAAUGAUUUCUGAUAAUUACUGCCAGGGUGAUGGUCUUUGAUACUUUGAAAAAUAUUAUGGAUGUCCAAGAAACUAAACCUAUCAUCCAAUUAACUUUAAAAUAUACACAACAUUUAAGGUCAUCAGAUGAAGAAUCUUAUUGAUUUUGAAUGAUUACCCUAAAAUUGAUACUUUGAAAAAUAUUGUGGACGUUCUGUAGCCUACAGUUAUCAUGUGAUUGACUUUAAAUUUAUACACAGUGUAUAAGGUGAAGAAUCCUAUUGAUUUUAUUAUUAUUACUGUCAGAGUUAUGACCCAUGAUCACUUUGAAGUGAACACUCUAUAGAGGCUUAUCGUCCGAUUUAUACACAGUGAUUAUGUUCAUGAUAUCAUGAACAGCUAAAUUCAUCAUGUUUUGUAUAAUAAAGGUUAACUACAGAAAGAACUAGAAGCUAAACCAAUUCUAAUGAUGUCUGAUAAUUAUUAAUUAGUUGUUACUCUUAAUCAGUGUUUAGUGCCUUGUAAUUAAUCUAAAUGAUUUCAUCAACUGACAAACGAAAAUAUUCCACAACAUUUUUAUACGCCCAUAUUUUCAUGUGGAGGUAUAUUGUUAUCGCCCCUGUCCAUCCGUUCACAUUUUGUUUGUGGACAAUCUACAGGUCACAAUCUUCAUCUGAUUUGGACAAAACUUUAUAGGUUUAUAUCCCAAAGAUCACGGUUCCUUGGCAUGUAUUGGUUACUUCCGGGAUGAUGGCUCCUGAUUAUAUGAAAAAUGGUGUUUUUAGACUAUGGACCCUCUAGAGGUCACAAUUUUUAUCCGAUUCUGAUGGAAUUUAAAGGACAAUAUUGGUGUCAGUCAUUAUCACAUAUCGGAUAGAACUAGUUUAACACAUUCCAACAGGGCUCACACUGUCGGUCGCCAAAGUCGCAAUUUGCGAUAAAAAUAUGAAAGUGGCGAUUAAAGUUCCAAUUUCAUAUUUUUAUGUUAUAUUUUUAAAAUGUAUUAAAAUAAUGCCCGUAAAAUAGAUGGUAUCUAUAAACAGUCCUACCUUGUUAAAGAAUAAUCCUAUUAAUCCUAUAAUUCACUAUUGCCAGUUGAGAAAUUGGCAAAAAUAUCAUUUUCAACUUCAAAUUCAAACGUUUGAAGAUAGCUAUUCCAUGGUGGGGAAUAGGAAAACAAGGGAGGUAAUUGUGUUAUUAUUUCCGGUGUGAAGAUUUUUAAGUGUGCGAAAGAUAACCUAUGAUCGUAUAAUAGUGAGUUGACAACCUAUUGAGCAAAAGACAUAGAAAUAAUUAUGUUUUGACUUUCUUAGAAAAUAUGAAAUUGUAACUUUAAAAUUUGAUUUUGGCGAUAAUUUUGGCGAUAAUGUUUUGCUGUACUGGCGAUUCUUUUUGAGAACUGACGGAAAAAAAUCUUAAAAUUCUAAUCGUAUUUAUCCUAGCUGGAUUAACCAUUAAUUGAUUGAGUGUCAAUCACGUGGCUGAAUACUAUAAAUUAAUCAACUGGCUGAUAAUCCGGAUUGCGCGUCAAUGACUAAUACUAAUACUAGCUGGAUUAACCAUUAAUUGAUUGAGUGUCAAUCACGUGGCUGAAUACUAUAAAUUAAUCAACUGGCUGAUAAUCCGGAUUGCGCGUCAAUGACUAAUACUAAUACUAAUCCUAGCUGGAUUAACCAUUAAUUGAUUGAAUGUCAAUCACGUGGCUGAAUACUAUAAAUUAAUCAACUGGCUGAUAAUCCGGAUUGCGCGUCAAUGACUAAUACUAAUCAGUUGUCUUGGAUUAAUGAUUAGUUGAUUGAUAAUUGCCAUGAUGUAUAUAAAGUCUAUCGCACGUCAUUAUUUACUCCUACUGAUUAAACCAAGUGGUUAUUAUUUAAUGUUUCGUUUCGUCUUAAAAAAAAUGGUAAUACAUGUAAUCGAAAUGGCCGACAGAUCCUUUCGAAGAGAAUUAAAUAUUUUGAUAGUUGAACUGUGGCUUCAUAUAUUCAUAUACGGCAUAUACAAGCAUGCCGAUCGGAUAUCAUUAGUUCAAAUUAUAUCAUAACCUGGUCGAAAACGUAAGAAAGAGUUGAAUAGCGACGAUUCUUAUCUUAUCUUAUCUUAUCUUAUCUUAUCUUAUUACCGUCGCAAAAAUGCUCUAAAGGUGAACGACGGGUAUAAUUGUAAACAUCUCUUACAAAUAAAACCUAAAUUUAAAUCGUUCUAUCAGGGAUUCAGAUUCUGAUACCUUUACGGUACCUGGAAAUAACUAUAGGCCUAUUGUACACGCAACAUAUAAAUUUACUGAAAAUAUAUUGUGCAGUACGGUGUUCAAAUAGACUAAAUUCACCCCCUCCCCCCCCCCCCCAAAAAAGAUCUUCUUAAAUCCAAAGUUGUUGUAUAUUGUAUUGUAUAUAUCCGCAAUUGUUUUAGAAUGUUAAUAAGCCUAGCUGAGACAUAAAUUCGUUGGAUGUUGUCUUUUUUAUCACACAUUUUUGGCAGAUAAAAUUUCCAGUUGGCGGAAAAAAAAUAUGAACAUUUUUUUAUAUAAAAAUUAUCAUCCAUUUUGGCGGAAAAAAAUUGAAAGCCAGUGUGAGCCCUCAGACCAAAUAUAAUUGUAACACAGAGAUCAUUGCUACGAUAGAUGGAUAGUGCAGGUUUCAACAAUCAGAAGUGACAAAUGCAAAAGGAAAACACGAGUUAUCCCUCUAUAUAACUGACUGAAGAGACGAGUGAUAACAGAUACAUGGGCGAAUUUCUGCUUACUAAUAAUUCCUUCGAAGACCAAAAGUUGUUGUGUGAGACUGUGUGAAAUCACUAGGUAAGUCAGUUAUACAGAGGGAUAACUGGUGUUUUCCUUUUGCGUUGGUCAGUUCUGAUUGUUGAACCCUUCAUUACGCAUCAAUCGUAGCAAUGAUCUCUGUUUUAAAAUUAUAUGAAAUAAAGUUGUAUUGUCAUCACAUUAUCUGGCAGUGUAUACUGUUUAUAGAUUUCCAACAAUUUAUGAAUAAUUGCUGUCAGAAUUAUGGCCCAUGCUCAAUUUGAGAAAUCUUAUAAAUGCUCAAGAGGAAAAAGUUAUUAUCUGAUCUGACUGACUUGAAAUACACAGUGUUGAUUUUAAUGAGAUGAAGAAUCUUAUUGAUUUUCAAUGAUUUAUAUCUUGUACAGCUGAAGUUAUCGGAUUAACACAGCCUGCUAAUCACCAACAAGACGCGUUUCUUUUGUAAAUAUCAACCAAUAAGUAUUGCAAACAAUGACCAACAAGGAAAGAUUUUAUAGAUAUGCAUAUUCUACACAUCAUAUCCAAAAUUUGAAUGAUUUCAUAAAAACUGAUAGAAUUAUGGAUUGAAAUAUUGACAAACACAGUCUUUCUAAUCACUGACAAGAACCAACAAGUGCUUUGUCGGUUCUUGUCAGUGAUUAGCAGGACCCUUGCCCAGUACAUACUUUAUAUAAUAAUAAGUUUAAAUAAAUAAAUAAAUAAUUAAUAAUUAUUCUUUAACAUUAACUGUAUAUCUAAUGUAAUUUAGUUAGUUGGCAUGGUGGUUAGAACGGCCUGUUACUCAUUUAUUUAUCUUUAUUAAUUUAUAUUGUUGAAUUUAACUUUCGUGGUCUUCAAACAUGUACCUUAUUAUGUUCUUGAAAUAUCACAAGUAAGUAACAUAACCAUAUAUGAAGCAAAUUUAUAUAAGCUUUUAGCUUGUUUUUGUAUCAUAUCUUUAAAACUGUAAUGUAUUAUAGGAUAUUUUAUGAAUAAAUAUUGUUUAAACCAAUAGUAAGUUAGAAAGAACUAGAGGCCAAUCAAAAUAUUUUUUUUAGCAGUUGAUCUACAAAAGUAUAAUAUGGGAUGUCAGUGGACUGACCCAAUGAUUUAGAUAAGUGUAUGUUCCAUUGCCUGGCAGUUUAUCCUUACUUAUUAUAUUUAGGUCUAAUUAAUACUAUUGAGUACUGCAUUGUAUAUUAUGUAUGUCUAGAAUUUAAAUGGAAAAAUGUUAAAGCAGUUAAAAUGCCACACCAGUACCGACCCAUUCUACCUCUUUGGAUACAUAAACUUUUAUUAAUUGUAAA